AUGUUGACGAGCAAGACUACCAUCUCCGCGAUUAAUCUCGUCCAAUGUCCUGAACCGCCUGUAUGCGGGAUUGAGUCUGUGGCUUCCAGUAUAUCUAAUCACCUGUUUGCAGAAGUUGUUGGUGUACCUUACAAGCAUACGCAGAAUAUUUUUCAA